GGUAAAAUUAAUAGAAAAUUGAAUGGGGAAAGGAGGAAGAAAGAGGAAGUAGAAGUGCAAGUCUGGCUCACAUGGCGACUUUCCAUUUUGGACAAUCUGUGUUCUUCCGGCUUCGGUUUACCCUCCGCUGUGUUCUUAUCUCUUAAUCUUUCAGUUCGUGAAGGUAAAAUUAUCGAGAGAUAAAACCCUUGGAUUUCAAUUUCUUUCGCUUUCUAUUAUGCAUUUGAUUUCAUUUGAUUUUUGAACGCGUUGUUCUCUUUGACAAAACCUCCCCAAAUCCCCUUUCGUGUACUAUUUUUUCUCCAAUUCUACGUUCUCGUAGAUCUCGCUGUUUCAAUUUUUCUUUGUCUGCCUACCAACCGCUUGCGCGACCAUUUUUUUGUUUGUUGUUCGUCUUUUUGAUACAAACAUUGCUUGGAUGGUGGGGUUUUCCUGCUUUUUCCUGUGUUCUUUUCUUGAUUCCUUUACAUAUUUUUAUCCAUUUCUUUACAGAUUCGGCUGCUUUUGAUUGUUUUUGUUCUUUUUUUUCCCUUCCAAUUUAUAAUUCGUGCUUCACGCACCCACAUGCAUGUUUUUGGGUUUGUCUGAUCUGGAUUGGAUCACAAGGGUCUUAUGUUCUUUUUCUACUUGUAGAGAGAGAAAGAGAGGAGAGAGAGAGAGAGGGUGGGGUUUUGGCUCUUUUCCUGCAAUCUUGGUCUCUCGAGGGGUCAUGGAAGAAGCACACAGGAGGAGGAGGAGAAGUCAAUUGUGGCUGCUGGAACUUCGGAAAGGGUUCAAGGAAUUCUUCUUUUUGUUGGAUAAUUAUGAUCUGGGGGUUAUUCUUCAUAGUUGAAUCUACUUCUACUUAAUCAUUAUGUCCUUGCUCGUGUGCUCCCCUGUGAUUCUUGAUCUCUGUUGAGUUUUUGAGUUGAAUGACUGUUGAUUUUGAAUGUUCUUGAGCCAUGGCUGGUAUCGAUGUUUCGAAGUAUGUGCAUAGUCCGGUACACAAGGCUGUGGCCACCAGAGAUUAUACCAAUCUCAAGAGAAUCUUUGCAGGCCUUCCUCGGCUUUGCAAUCCUUCUGAGAUUCACACUGAGGCUGCUUCAUUAGCUGAGGAAAGCAAGGCUGAGGCCAUUUCUGCUAUGGUUGAUUGUCGAGAUGUCCCGAAUCGGGAUACUCCACUGCAUUUGGCUGUAAAGCUUGGGGAUGAGACUGCUACCGAAAUGCUUAUGGUUGCAGGGGCAGAUUGGAGCUUGCAGAAUGAGAAUGGUUGGAGUGCACUUCAGGAAGCAAUUUGCAGUAGACAAGAAGGGAUUGCUAUGAUAAUUGUUCGGCACUACCAGCCUUUGGCUUGGGCAAAAUGGUGUCGGAGAUUGCCUCGCUUGACUGAGACUAUGCGAAGAAUGAAGGAUUUCUACAUGGAAAUCACAUUCCACUUCGAGAGUUCGGUGAUCCCUUUCAUAUCUAGAAUCGCUCCUUCAGAUACUUACAAGAUUUGGAAAAGAGGUGCUAACUUGAGGGCAGAUAUGACACUGGCUGGUUUUGAUGGAUUUAGGAUCCAACGUGCCGACCAGAGCGUUCUUUUUCUUGGCGAUGGGACUGAGGAUGGGAAAGUACCUUCUGGUUCACUCUGUAUGGUCUCACACAAGGAGAAGGAGGUAAUGAAUGCUUUGGACGGUGCUGGUGCUCAAGCAACUGAAGAAGAGAUUAGACAAGAAGUGACAGCAAUGUCUCGGACUAAUAUAUUUAGACCCGGGAUUGACGUCACUCAGGCUGUUCUUUUGCCCCAGUUGACUUGGAGGCGCCAGGAGAAAACCGAAUUGGUGGGUGCCUGGAAAGCUAAAGUAUACGAUAUGCAUAAUGUGGUCGUUAGUAUCAAAUCCAGGAGGGUCCCUGGGGCAAUGACGGAUGAUGAAUUCUUCACAUCAUGUAAUGAAAAUGAAACUGAGAGCGAGGAGUUUGCUGACAUUUUAACCGAGGAUGAACGAAAGCAACUUGAGAAUGCACUUAAAUUAGAUUCAACUGAUUUGGCUUCUUCUGAGAAUGGUGACGGGACUAUUGCGCAUCGGCACAGUUGUGUUGAACAAAGGGAAGUUCCUGUCGAGGAUGUAAAUGGAUGUAGAAAUGGAGAGAUUCGACCAGAAAAGAAAGGAUGGUUCGGGGGAUGGAGGAAACGGGAUAGCAAAAACGAAGGACAAAAGAAGAUUGCUCCUCCAAGAAGCUCCCUUUCUAUGGAUGAUAAGGUAGGUGAUCUUCUAGGGGACUCUCCUACCGAAAAUCAUAGCAGCAUCCCUGGAAGACAUUCUGUUGAGAUAGUCUCUGAACACCGAAGAGGAAGGGAAGCGAGAGCUACCUCUUCGACUUCUGAGAGCAAAAAUCGGCAUAAGGAUGGGAGUCACGAAAACGAGUACAAGAAAGGGUUAAGACCCGUUCUUUGGCUCUCUCCGAACUUUCCUCUACAAACCGAUGAACUAUUGCCAUUGCUGGAUAUUUUAGCUAACAAGGUCAAGGCGGUUCGGCGUUUGAGAGAACUGCUUACCACAAAACUCCCACUGGGAACGUUUCCAGUCAAGGUUGCCAUCCCUGUGGUUCCAACCAUCAGAGUGAUUGUUACCUUCACAAAGUAUGAAGAACUUCAACCGGUGGACGAGUUCGCAACGCCCCCAUCAAGCCCUACAGCUGCAGCAGCAGGCAGGGAGAGCCCUUCCGCCACAAAUGCCUCGAGUUCAUCUUGGUUUCAGUGGAUAAAAGCCCCGUAUCAACGCACGAGUUCAUCGUCCAGUGUUUCUAGCAGUAGGAUAGAAACUCUCGAAGACCCAUUCGCCAUCCCCCGUGAUUACACCUGGGUUACCGCUGAAGCAAAGAAAAAGAAAAUGCAGGAAAAGAACAAAGCAAAGAAAGCGAGAAGUCGCCGUGAUUGAUCGAAUCAAAGGAAGUCGAAACACCGGUGAGAGGCUCAUUCAAAACAAAUUAGAAGAACAGAUACGAGGUAGGAAAUAGUUUUUACUCGUUUAAAAAUUCAUCGAUUCGUGUUUACUUUGAAGGAAGAAAUUCUUGUAGGAAAUCAUCGCCCGGGUAGAAAGAAUAACACACUGUUGUGAAUUUUUACAAUUUUUACACCAUUUACUUUCACUUCUUACAUUGUUCUCUUAAUUAACAAGCUCAUGGGGUAAUAUUUUCGUGUAUAUUUUGUA